UUAGACGGUUCGAAUUCGCUUCGCGUGCACGUUCUGGUGACCUCAGCUGGUGACCUCAGCUGGUGACCAUGAGCCAUCAGGCUCUUUGCCCGAGGAAAUGCCUUGCUGCAAAGCGUCUUCGCUCAAGUGAUAAAGCGUUGCGUGUGCAAGCGGGCAGGAGACCUGGCCUUAUGGUUCGAGCGGGCGUUGUCGAGUCACUGAUCAAGCCCAUCACAACCUUUGGAAAGGUAGCCGACCUGAAAUCCGGUAUCGCAACCUUCUACGAUGAAUCGUCGGAGCUAUGGGAGAAUGUGUGGGGAGAGCACAUGCACCAUGGCUACUAUCCCAAGGGCGCCCCGCCCAAGAGCAACCAGGAGGCGCAAAUAGACAUGAUUGAGGAGACGCUCAAGGUGGCGGGUGUCACGGAGGUCCGCAACAUGGUGGAUGUGGGUUGCGGCAUCGGCGGCAGCUCUCGCUACAUGGCGAAGAAGUUUGGAUGCCGCGGCAGCGGCAUCACGCUCAGUCCCAAGCAGGCUGCUCGUGCCAAUGCUCUGAGCCAGGCCGCCGGUCUGGGCGACCGUCUUCAGUUCCAAGUGGCCGACGCUCUGUCUCAGCCCUUCGACUCGGACUGCUUCGACCUGGUGUGGUCCAUGGAGAGCGGCGAGCACAUGCCCGACAAGAGGCGCUUCGUAUCGGAGCUGGUCCGCGUGUGCGCCCCUGGUGGCUCCGUCCUGGUGGUGACCUGGUGCCACCGAGUGCUGGGGCCCGGGGAGGAGGCCCUCCAGCCGGAUGAGCAGGAGCUGCUGCAGCGCAUCUGCGAGGCCUACUACCUGCCCGCCUGGUGCUCAGUGGCGGACUACCAGAAACUAUUUGAGGAACAAGGCCUGGUGGACAUCCGGACACGGGACUGGUCGGAGGAGGUGUCGCCGUUCUGGGGUCGCGUCAUUGCCAGCGCUCUGACGAGCGAGGGACUGUCGGGGCUGCUCAAGGCGGGGUGGACCACCAUCAAGGGCGCCCUCGUGAUGCCGCUCAUGGCGGAGGGCUUUCGGAGGGGUCUAAUCAAGUUCAAUGUCAUCACGGGACGCAAACCACCGGGAAACCACCAGUGAAAAGACCAGGACCACCGUUGAAGACCAGGACCACGACGAGGUCGAUGGCAGCGACGGCGAAGAUGACGUGAGCCUCAGAGAUGAUGCUGGACACGUAGGAUGCGGAAAAUGGCGUGCGUGUGUGUGCUUUUGUAUGUAUGUAUGUAUGGUAUGUAUGUAUGUAUGUAUGUAUGUAUGUAUGUAUGUAUGUGUAUAACGCCGUUCCGCUGUGUGUUGAGGAACACAUGGAUAUCCAUAUCCAUACAGGCAUCAAGCGGGAAUACGUGAUGAUACGGGGAGUAUAUAAUUCCAGUCCAGCGCCAGCAGCGAAGAUUUAUAAUCGAAGAAUUGUUUUAUAAUUUAAAAAUACAUAACGAAACGAGAAGUUUACAUACAUACGCGGGGUGUGUGUACGCUUACGUACGGUGGGGCCCAAGUUGUGCCCACGCACUGAGGAGUUGAGGAGGUAGCGAUUGGCAAGCAUACAUGGAUUGGAUUGAUUGAAGCUGUGUGGAUAGCAAGCCGAGUGAUUUGAAAUGGUGUGCAAGGAAAGCUGGUUGUUGAAGGGGUGUGUAGCUGUGUGCUGGCGAAAUUCUCAGGGGCAUUUGGGGGAAGAGCUGUAGCAACAGCAGCAGCAGCCGUCCACAUUCUACAACAAUUUUGCAUCAUGGCGGAAUAUCGAUGCGUUGCCUGUUUUGGACCAUUUCCCCCACACCAAGUGCCUAGCCACCAACAGCCUCAUGCCGGCGCCGUGAAGCUGUUUCAAGGCUUUCUUGUAACACGGGUAUUUG